AUGAUGCAGCCUAAAUUAUGGUUCCUAUUGUGGCACAAUCAUAAGAAAUUGAUGAUGAAGGAAUAUUUAAUCAAAUUUCUAAAACUCUUUGCUGGUAUUAAUAUUUCAGUUCAUCCAUUGAUAAUUCUAAUCAAAGGUUUUCAACUAAUGAUAACUAAUGAUGAGCAAAUGCUAUUUAUAGUUAAGCUAUACUACUUUUUAGAUUGCUUACUCAUCAUUGAAUAUCUCAUGGUCAUCAUCCUGUAUUUUUCAUUAAUAUUUCGAUGGAGUUUAAAUGAUUAUUUUUGUAACCCAACAUCUAUUUAUUGUGCUAUGUUUACAUGUACAAUUUUUGAAAUAUUUGAUCAGGACGUGAAGAAAAAUUAAAUUAAUUCAGUAUUUAUAUUUAUGACAACUUUUUCUUGGCAUGCGUAGCUAAUAAUACUAAGCGUGAUCAUUCAUAUAAUCAAUUGA